CCAAUGAGGGUGCGCAUCGACGCCGCCCCGCUCUCCUCGCCCAGCCUGCCGCACCGUUCGCUGACGCUCGACUCUGCGGCGUGGGCCACGUGCAUGCUGCUCCUCGCCACGCCCGACGGCGGCGGCGCGCCGGUGGGCAGCCUACAGCUGCAGCGCGACCCGGCCGCUCCGUUCGCUGUGCACGCGAGCGGCCUGCGCCUGGCCAGUCCUGCCGACUCGCCGGAGGGCGGCGAUGCGGCCAGGCAGCUGCUGUGGCACGCGGCGCGCGAGCACCCCGACUUGCGGUGCGGGAGCGCGUUGCUCGCCCGGCCGGUGACUCCGAGCGACGAGGGCGUUCUGCGCGGGCUCGGCUUCGAGCUCGCCGGCGGCGACGUGGCGGAAGGGAGCGGCGAAGACGUGGCGCAGGGGAGCGGCGCCAACGCGUCGGCCUCGCCGCUGAUGGCGCUGGUGGCGCGGCGCGACCCUGCAGAGCCGUCCGGCUUCAGCCACGCGACGCUGCGAGUCUCGUGCAUACGGCAGUCGCUCGCGUUCUGGUCGCUGCUCCACUACGAGCCGCGGCGCCGCUUCACGACGAACGGCGCCCGUGCCGCCUGGCUCUGCGCGCCUUGGACGCCCCUCUCCAUCGAGCUGGUCGAGGUGCCGCCGGCGGUGCUGCAGCGGCCGGCGCGCCCGCCGUCGGACGCGGCGCCGGGCCCGGCGCACCUCUGCCUCGACGUGACCGCGCUCGGCGUGUCGCUGCCGGACACGCUCGCUUCGCUGCAGCACCGCUCCGCCAGCCGCUUCGGCCGCCCUCUCCGCGUGGUGUCGCCCCCGCACCAGCAGAUGAUGGGCGACUUGGUGGCGGAGGUCGCAAUCGUGCGCGCGCCCGACGGGUUCCCGCUCCGCCUCACGCGCAGAGCGUGCACGCUCGCGCAGAGCCUCGCCCCCGACUGGGAGCUGGAAGAGUAGCGUGCGGGAGGGAGGCUAAUCGGACUUAAGCGUCAAGGGACGUACGACGCCUGAGAUCUCGAUACACGGUGACGAACCUGACGUCGUGCGUCUCAGUACACAGUAAGGUACCGUAAGAUAUGAUCUACCGUGU